AUGGCCUCCCGCCUCGCCCUCGCCGUCGUGGCUGUGGCGGUCGUCGUAACUGGUGCGGACCAGCGCCCCACCUACGGUCAGUCCGGUCACUCCGUCAGCGCCGCCGACAUCGUCAAGGAUGACAGGACGCAGGACGGGUACGGCGAAUACUCCUUCCAGUACGCCUCCAGCGACGGCACGGCGCGGGAGGAGUACGGCACCCAGCACGACGGACAGACCUCCAAGGGCGGCUGGAGGUACACGUCCCCUGAGGGAGUGCCAGUGGACAUCACCUUCGUGGCCGACCACGGGGGCUACCAGCCCCAGGGGGCGGUGCUCCCUGUAGCUCCAGCCCUCCCCUACAAGAGGUAUGGCAACUGAUGACGCUACAUGUCGACCAUCUUUGCUACUUGACAGCCAUCUUCGCUACAUGUCGACUAUCUUCGCUACUUGACAACCAUCUUCGCUACAUGGCGACCAUCUUCGCUACUUGACAGCCAUCUUCGCUACAUGUCGACUAUCUUCGCUACUUGACAGCCAUCUUCGCUACAUGGUAACCAUCUUCGCUACGUGUCGGCCAAAGAGAGUAUAUUCGUCACACUUUGACAUAUGUGGAAUUUUCAUGUCAUAUUAAAUUUGCUAAUUUUACAA